AUGGCCGCGGCUAAUGGCCGGAUGCCGCCGCCAACUCUGGCGAACGGCGACGGCGACCUGGAUGAUUUGGGGAAUGAUUUCGAAGCUUUGCUCCGGGAUAGCCCGCGUCAGCGCCGGGGCAAGGCUGCCGCCGCCGAACGGGAGAGGGAGCUCAAUAUAAUCCGCAGCGGCAGUGCGCCGCCGUCGGUGGAGGGGUCUCGCAAUGCCGUCAGCAGCCUCUUUGGUAACUUGCAUGCCGUUGACAUGAACGGAUAUAGCUCUGGUGCUACGGUAUCCGAGGAAGAUAUGAGGUCUCAUCCGGCAUACCUGUCUUAUUACUACUCGAACGGGAACAUGAAUCCGAGGCUUCCCCCUCCGGCUUUAUCCAAAGAGGACUGGCGUAUGGCUCAGAGGUUCCAGGUGGGGACGUCCGCCUAUGGAAAGAUCGGUGAAAGGAGGCAGCAGGCCAUAGGCAGUGGGGCUAGCGAUGGGAACAGCUGCUCAUUGUUCACGCUUCAGCCGGAUAUUCAAAUGGGGCGCGCGUGUGGAGGGCUGACGGAGCCGAUGAUGGUGCCUGAGACUAGUUCAGCUCGGCAACCAGCAGGGGAAUGGGUUGAAAGCGGCGGCGACUCUUUCAUUGGGUUGCCUGGCAAUGGCAUGGGAAUGAAGACUAGGAGCUUCGCUGAUGUACUGCAGGUACGUACCUAUUAUCGUCUCUCUUCUCCGUUGCGCAGAUGUGCCAUGCCUUGUACAUACGUCCAUACCUGUCCGUCGAAGGGAUUUUUUUUUGUAUGUUUUCUAUGAUCUGGCAAUAACAAUCUGAUGAUCGCAGGAGAAUCUUGGGCAACCUCCUCCUGUAGCUAAUAAUGUCUCACGGCUGGCGAUAGGGAAUGAUCAGGUCGGGGAGAUUGACGUCCCUCAAGCUCACUUUCAGUGUAGCUUGGAAGCCAUGGAUAAACUGAAAUCAGAAGAAGGAAGUUCUUCCAGGCUCGUUAAUAUCCCGAGACUUGGUUCGCCAGCUUCCCAAUCUUUUGCAUCUGUUUUGGGUUCAUCCCUCGUAAGAAGUACAACUCCCGAACUGCAAGCUGUUGGCAAAUCCUCAAACACCUGUCUGCCUACUUUUGGAGGGAGGGACGAUUUUCCAUCAAGUAAUGCCUCUACAUCCGCGGCUGAUAAGAACGACAUGGCAUCUGCUUUAUCUGAUUUGUUACAUGAUGGCAAUGGUGUACAGGAAGCAUUUCUUCGAGAUAUUUCUGGCAGAACGAAUUACGUAUGCAGUAUAUCCUAUGACAGCGAAAAUUUUCAGCAGCAGAACGUGAAUAAGCCUGAAGUUGAUUCGUCAAGUGUUUCCUCAAUCCCUGUCUUAUCCCAUGGACUUGUAGCUGAAGGUAGUAAUUUGUUCAUGUACAAUUACGAUUCUCAAAUCAACCAUGGACUUACAAAUGUUGACUUUUCUGGGAGUCAUGCAAACAAUUUCCUUUCAAGUCAGAGGUUGCCAUCACUGACGAACGGUCAGAUCUAUGGAGGUAAUAUUAUGUCUACUGGGUGUUUUAUUUUAUUUUAUUUAUCGUGAAUAUAUAUAUUUUCAAAAUAUCUUGUUUUCACUCGUUUCAUUAAUUUUCUUGCUGCAUGAUUUUUUUUGGCAGAUGGUCUGGCAGGUGAAAACCAUAGUGAAUAUGGGAUGCAGGAUCUUUGUACGGAUCCAUUAUUUUCUCAGCAUUUUCAACCAAGCAGUGUACCCCCAAAUGCUGCUGCCAGCUUCAGCGAUCCUUAUUCAGGAAGGAAACCUGUGGAUUUUUCAAACGUGAGUAUAUCUGAAUAUCAAAAGGCCUGUUUUGAGGCUAUGCAGGAGCAUCACACAGCCCAGUAUGAGAUACCUUUCGUAGAAAAAUCAGGUGGUUUUAAUGGCGGAUACUAUGGCACUUGUGCUUUCAACCCACGCGUGCAAUAUCCGUCGAAUUCCGUCUCUAGCUUCAUUUUUCCUUCAGUGGAUCAGGUAAGUCCUGUGAGGCAAGGCAAUAAACAUUCUCAGCAGUUCCCACCAAAAAUGAGAAGCGCCGGAAUUUCUAUGGGCUCCUGGAAUUCUGAAUAUCGUGCCAGGGUAGAGUGCUUUCCUUCAUCUCUUCUGGAGGAGUGCAAAAGCAGCAGGUCGAAGAAUUUUGAACUCUCUAGCAUUGUAGGCCAUGCUGUUGAAUUUAGGUACUCUUUUUCUCUGGAAUUUUUUCUUGUGAAAAUUUAGGCCAUGCUAUGUAUGGGUCAACUUGCUGAAUUUAUAUAUUUUUUAAUUUAAUUUUCUAAUGCAGCGUUGAUCAAUUUGGAAGCCGAUUUAUACAACAGAAGCUAGAAACUGCAUCUUUGGAGGGGAAAAACAAGAUUUUUCCGGAGAUAUUUUCUCAUGCUCGAGCUCUGAUGACAGAUGUCUUUGGAAACUAUGUGAUACAGAAAGUACGAUCCUCUUCCUCCGGCCGUUCCUUUUCUUGUUGGGGAAAAUAUGCCGCAUUAAUGCUUCCCUGAAACAAUUUUAUUAACGUUUGAAUGGGUAGUUUCUCGAGCACGGGGACGAGAACCACAGAAAGCAGCUGGCCAGCCAACUCACCGGCCAUGUUCUAUCUCUCAGCCUUCACAUGUACGGCUGUAGGGUGAUUCAGAAGGUGCAGUCGUCAACCCCAUAAGCUUUCCAUGAUUUCCUUGUUACAUCGAUUAUCGGUCAGAAUUUACUAUGCUCGAAUCGUUACUUCAUUUUUCACCAACUUUGCUUCAGUUAUGAAGAUUUAUUUUUUUAUUUUUUAUUUUUUAUUUAGAAACAAAACCAGAUUACCGGUCAGAAUCUACUAUGCUCGAAUCUUUACUUCAUUUUUCACCAACUUUGCUUCAGUUAUGAAGCUUUAUUUAUUUAUUUAUUUUUUAGAAACAAAACCAGAUUAUCUUGUGCUGUUGUUCCGCAUAACUUUCAUUCAUUAGACAAAUUUUAGACAUUUUUUCUAGGUCGUAUGGCAUAUUAUUCCUUAUUAAAUCGGGUUCCUCUUGCAUUUUUUAGAUACUUCACACGAAUUUAAUAUGAUAUAUUUAGAGCAUCUUGUCACUCGACGUCGGGUAAUCAUGUGCAUGAGUUUCUCUUCACAUAACAGGCUCUGGAAGUCACCGACGUGGAUCAACAAACUCAGUUGGUGUCGGAACUCCAAGGGUCAGUCAUGAGAUGCGUUUGCGAUCAGAACGGCAACCAUGUGAUCCAGAAGUGCAUCGAGCGCGUCCCUCAGGACAGGAUUCAGUUCAUUCUAUCUGCGUUUCACGGACACGUCGUGCCGCUGUCCGUUCAUCCGUACGGCUGCCGUGUCAUCCAGGUCACAUCUCCCACAUCUUUUUUUUUUUUUUUUUUUUUCGGUUUUUUUACUGCGCCGCGCUCUGAUGCUUUCCGCCCCCUGUAAAAAUGCCCGGCAGAGGGUUCUGGAGCACUGCAGUGAUGCAAAGAGUCAAAGCCUUCUGAUGGACGAGAUCCUGCAAGCUGUGUUCUCCUUGGCGCAGGACCAAUAUGGGAACUACGUCGUCCAGGUAUAUAUAUAUAUAUAUGCUUGAUCGUUAGCUUUCCUAGGAUCGUUAGAUGUCACUGACCCGGAGCUUGGCUUGUUUCAUCAGCACGUCCUACAGCGGGGGAGCCGGCAGGAGCGAUCAGCUAUAAUCGACAGGUUCGCGGGUCAAAUUGAGAUUCUGAGUCAACAGAAAUUCGCCUCCAACGUGGUGGAGAAGUGUUUGACCUUCGGUACGCCCGAAGAGCGUCGGCGCAUGGUCAACGAGAUGCUCGGGUCCACCGACGAGAACGAGGCCUUGGUGGUGCGCGAUGAUCCUCGUUUUCUGUUUUUGCUUUUCCCUUGGAGGACACGUUAACUCAGAUGAGAGUGGGGGGGUUGCGCAGGCGAUGAUGAAGGACCAGUUUGGGAACUACGUGGUGCAGACGGCCCUGGAGACGUGCGACGACAGGAGCCGGGAGGUGAUUCUAUCGCGGAUCAAGGCUCACGUGAGCUCCCUAAAGAAGUACACCUAUUGGAAGCAUAUCUCCUCCCGUGUGGAGAAGGUCAUUGCCGCCGGAGGUAGGGUAGUUCCUCUCUCUCUCUCUCUCUCUCUCUUCCCCUCUGUUUGGGCCUAAUGGGCCGGGCCUAAGUUGACUUACUUGGGGGCUGCUGUGCUCCGUUUGUUUCUGCAGAGCUGCGCGUUAGGAUGCCGUCGUGCGCGCCAUAAGGCCCGGUGAUUACUGGGAGUUGAGGAAGAGUUAGCUGUACAUGAGAAAGGGAGAGUCUAAUAUCCGUUACGAGUAGAGAGAGAGAGCAGUUUUCUGGGCCGUGUAGAUAGGUAGGUGCUCUGGAAUAAGCCAUGGUUUUGUACAGGCCGCGGCGAGUGUAGUGUGUAGCAUAUGUGAGAAGGAGAAAGAGAAAAGAAGGGUGGGCGGCCAUAGAAGUCCGAGCAGUUUUCACAGACCUUUGAACAGAAUAGGCGUUUCUUUUCUUUUAAAGAUGUAUCCAGAACUCCCACGUCGCUUUGGGUGA